AUGUCAAAAUACGGAUUCGUGAAAAUUGCUCGGGACAUAAAAGCAGCAGUUGGCAAAAUCAACGAGCCUACUGCUCAGUCGGUGGUAGAAUUGCCAGAUUCCCCAUUGGGCAAGUUCGUGUUGGAUUAUGCCACCAAAGAGCUACCAGAAAAGGUGUUAUUGCACUCGUUAAGAGUUUACCAAUACAGUAUUGCCAUUAUUAAUGACCAUUUUGACAAAUGGGCACUAGACCGGGAGGUUUUGUUCGUUACAUGCUUGCUCCACGAUAUUGGUACAACUGAAAAGAACAUGAAGGCUACUAAGAUGUCGUUUGAGUUCUACGGCGGGCUUAUAUCGAGAGAUCUUAUCUUAGAGCACACCAAUGGUGACCAGGAUUAUGCGGAAGCUGUGGCCGAGGCCGUAAUACGUCAUCAAGAUUUAGGUGAGUCUGGUUUUAUCACCACUUUAGGCUUGAUAUUACAAAUUUCAACCAUCUUAGAUAAUGUAGGCUUGAACACAGAACUUAUUCAUCCCGAUACUCUUGCUGCUGUUAACAAAAAGUACCCAAGACAAGGUUGGUUGAACUGCUUUGCGGAUGCCAUUGAUAAUGAAAAUUCUAAAAAACCUUGGGGCCAUACAAGUUCCUUGGGGGUCCCUGACUUUAGGAACAAUGUCUUGGCAAAUAAGGUCAAAUAUGAAAAGUUAUGA